AUGGAUGCUACCUCACAACCAUUGAAGUAUCAGACAUGGUUCUUGAAAGUUUCUAUCCAUUGUGAAGGUUGUAAAAGAAAAGUAAAGAAAGUUCUCCAGAACAUUGAUGGAGUAUUUACUACAGCAAUUGAUCCACAACAGCAGAAAGUAACAGUCACAGGAAAUGUUGCUGUUGAGACUCUGAUAAGAAAACUGGCCAAAGCUGGAAAACAUGCUGAGGUUUUGCCGGUGAAUCUUCCUGCAAAAGGAAAAGAUUCCAACAAAGCUAAGAACAGUAACAAGAGUGAACAAAGAGACAAAGAAGCUUCUGCAAAUAGUACUGAAUCCAACCAUAGUUCUUCUGUCAAAGACAGGGAAGUUGAAAAUGCUCAAAAGUGCAACGGUGAAAAAAACAGUAGUAACACAAAAACUAAAGGGUCGCCGGAAAAGUCUCCGGCAAGUGGUAAGGGACAGGAAAAACACAACAAAGGAGGAGAGGAUUCUGUGAGGAUGAAGAAGAAGAUGAAAAAAGUUCAGAAUGGUAGUGAAACUGGAACUAGAACUAGAACCAGAAACAGUGGGUUGAGUUCAGCAUCUAAUGGUGCACAUGCACACACAGGAUCAGAAUUCCAUUGUCCAGGUAAGGUUGUGGGGCAAGUGAAUCUCAGCCCUACACGUCAGCAACCGUACAUGUUGUAUCCAGAAACGUGUUAUCCUCCUUUGGUACAACAAUAUGCAGCAUACAACAGAUUAUGUCCCAUGGGAACAAUGGAUUGUCCUUCUUACUAUGUUCCACCAUUGUCCUACCUGUGUUCAGGCCUUGAUCGUGACUCUUAUCAGUUUCAAUCUACACCGUUGAUUCCCUUUGAGUUUUUUAGUGAUGAAAAUGCAAAUGGGUGUUCUAUUAUGUGA